AUGUUUCUUGAUUUACACUUCUUGUUCCCCAUCUCUCAACCAUUGUUUUAUGUCAUCAAUCUCAGAUUUGACAGUUUCAGUGUUAUCAUGUCGUCUGGUAAUCGUCAGGCACCGAUGCCACCACCGAAGCCUCGAAACCUUGGACGUGGUCAGUUUUAUCAUCAAGGAGGGUAUCUGACCCCACAAGACAGCGACACGGACAGCGGAAUAAGUGCCGAUUGUGAUCAAGGGUCGCCGAGGGCAGGAUCAGUGUUUGGAACGCCGGUCAACGGAGUGGUCAACGGACAACAAGUCACUACACAACGCAGAAUUCCUGACCUCCCACAGCCAUCCUAUCAAAACUUUCGGAGUCAAUCUUCGGCUGACUAUUUGACUCCAAAUUCGGCUCGUAAAAUUGCUGGAUACGGUACUACGCCACGUCGCUUGCCGCUGCAGCCACAACAGCAAUCAGUACCACCGGCUGGCAAGACAAAGUAUCGAGUCCGAUUUGCUGAUGAAGUCGAUAGUGGGGCAUCGACGUCCAGCGGAGCCUCCUCCACACACAUCUCACCAAGGAAUGAUCCACAGGAAAUGCUUAUGAAUUCAGCUGUCGGAGUUUCUCAAAUCAGCACAGCAUUCCAACAGCCGACGGGUCACAUUCAAAAUUCGACUGAUUCUCCUUUGAAAGUCAAACAGAACGAGUUCGCUCCGACUGUGAAUCGAGGAUCUCCGCUGUCCCACCAACGAACAGGAACACUCCAACGCACUCCAAACCGUCGUCUUCCGAUCAGUUCUACUCCACAGCCUCAACCGACCUAUGCGGAUCAGCUGGAAGCUUUAGAGCCACCAUCAUACACACUUGCCAUGCAGAGAUUACGAAAUGUUCCUCAGCAACCUCAAGAAUCAUUCCGUGACGCUUUUAUCAGGAAGAGUGUCAACGAUACACUCCAACGCCGCUAUCGCCAACGCAGCUCGUCGUUGCCACGUGGAACCAAGUCAUACUACGAGGGCAUUGAUUACUAUGAUGUUCAACAACCACAGCCGCCAGUAUCAGUCCGCCCACAAACUUCUCUUCAUCAUUCCCCACUAAUGACUUCAGUUAAUCAGCUUCCUGGAAGUUUGGAUAAUCUUCAUAUCACAAAUCUCAACAUGGGUAUGAGACGACGAAAAUUACCAACUGCGCCAUUGAUGGGAUCAUCUUGCCAAUUGCACUUAGAAAACUCGGAUGAGCUCACUGCAUACAGAGCUCUUCAGUUCCAAAUGAUGCAGGAGGAGUUGCAGAGACAACCCCCACCCCAGCCAUCAUUUGAGCGGCAGCCAACGCUUUUGCGUCGCACCAACUUGGUGGCCGCUCCUCCACAGAAUUUCAACAUUCCACAUAUCACAACUACCGGACCACCACCGAUGGGCCUUUCUAUGCCAGUACAAUACGAUCAAGGAGAGUACGGAACCCAAAGUGUGCGCGCUCAAUUGGUGGCACUAGAUCAAAGAGGUUUCCGGCGAGUAUUGGUUGAGAAAAUGAUGCCGGGCCCAUUCGGAUUCUAUAUCGCUACCGGUGUUGUGGCUGGGCAGCGUGCCGGCAUUUUCAUCUCUCGAGUCUCCCUCCCAUCGCUAUCACCGAUGCUGACAGUCGGAGACGAAAUCAUCUACGUUGAUGAGGAAUAUGUCAAAGGGCGAUGCCUGGAAUAUGUGCAGUCGGUAAUUGCAGGAAAAACCAGCGUCACAAUCACCCUUUUGCCAGCAGUUGGCCAACCAGCAAUGUGCUGA